AUGGCAGCGCAUUGCCCACGAGCACUCGCUCGCUUUGUGCGUCAGUUGCAUAGGACUGGUGCCCUACAAUGUCGUUCCCCUGGUCGAGCCAUCCCCUGUCUCAGUCGUCACUUCUCCAGAUCUGUUCCUUCUCAGCAGACUUCCGAAGCUACGACGACAGCAGAUACUGACGCUGUUGCUUCGCAUUCCAAGCAAAUCAAGUAUACUAGCGAGUCAUACCCUGGUCUCAAGCGCGAUCCAAAGUACUCCGAAAUCUCGUCCGAGCAUGUUGAGUUCUUCAAAGGCAUACUAGGAGGAGAUACGGCUGUGCUAGACGGUGUUACAAGGGAUGCUGGCGAUGAUUUGGAAGGUUAUAAUAGUGAUUGGAUGCGGAAAUAUCGUGGCCACACAAGAUUAGUGGUCAAGCCAAAAUCAACUGAAGAAGUGAGCAAAGUGUUGAAAUAUUGCAACGAUAACAUGCUGGCAGUUGUCCCACAAGGAGGCAAUUCUGGCUUGGUUGGCGGGUCCGUUCCUGUAUUUGAUGAAAUUGUGAUUUCAACAAGCCGUAUGAACAACAUCAGAAGCUUUGAUGAGGUGAGCGGAAUUCUGGUUGUGGAUGCAGGAUGCAUAUUGGAAGUCGUGGACAAUUUUCUGGCGGGAAAGAACCACAUCUUUCCCUUGGAUCUUGGAGCCAAGGGAUCGUGUCAUAUCGGUGGCAAUGUAGCUACAAAUGCAGGUGGCUUACGUCUACUCCGCUAUGGCUCACUACAUGGGAAUGUACUGGGGAUUGAGGCUGUUCUGCCCGACGGAACAAUUGUAGACGACCUAUCCAAGCUACGCAAGAACAACACCGGCUACGAUCUGAAACAGCUAUUCAUAGGUGGAGAGGGUACCAUUGGGUUGAUAACAGCUGUUUCUGUCGUUUGUCCUCAACGUCCGAAGGCCAUUAACGUGGCAUAUUUCGGCCUCGAAUCUUUUGAAAAAGUGCAGCAGGCCUACAUCGAAGCCAAAAGCCAGCUCUCUGAAAUCCUGUCAGCCUUCGAGCUGAUGGACGGCCAGACCCAGGACUACGUCCACCAAGUUACCGGAAACAAGAGGCCCCUUGAGGGCAGACAUCCCUUCUAUUGUCUAGUUGAGACCAGUGGGUCAAAUACAGAGCACGACAACGAGAAAUUAGAACAUUUCCUCGAAUCGGUGAUGGGCUCAGAAAUCGUCUCAGACGGCGUCAUUGCUCAGGAUGAAACACAGGUACGUUCCCUUUGGGGCUGGCGCGAAGGUAUCACUGAAGCUAUUGGGCAUUUUGGUGGUACCUACAAAUACGAUUUAUCGAUACCGCUGCCAGAGCUCUACUCUCUUGUAGAAGAAACAAGAGAGAGGCUUUCGUCUGCUGGCCUUGUUGGCAAAGAUGAUUCUCAUCCCUGUGUUGGAGUAAUGGGCUAUGGUCACAUGGGUGACUCUAACCUACACCUGAAUGUUGCAGUACGGCGCUAUGCCAGAGAAGUGGAGCAAGCCCUGGAACCCUGGGUCUAUGAAUGGAUCAAGAAGAGAAACGGCAGCAUCAGCGCAGAGCAUGGUUUGGGUGUUGCAAAGAAGGCGUAUAUCGGAUACAGCCGGAGCGAGACUAUGAUCAGGUUAAUGAAACAGAUCAAGGAUCUGUAUGAUCCAAAAGGCAUUAUGAAUCCCUACAAGUACAUAUGA